GUCGCGCGGUGGGCGCGCCGACGCGGGGGUCUCGCCGGCGGGCGGAGCGUGGCCGCGGCCGGUGGGCGGCGAGAGGCGGCGGCGACGCGGCGGCGCCUCGGGCGCGCGGCAGGAAAAUUUCAAAAAUGUUUCAAAUUCCUGUGGAAAAUCUUGACAACAUCAGGAAGGUACGGAAAAAGGUGAAAAGCAUUCUUGUGGACAUUGGGUUUGACAGCUGCAAGGACCUGCUGAAGGACCUUAAGGGCUUUGAUCCAGGAGAGACGUAUUUCUAUAACACAUCAUGGGGCGAUAUUUCUCUCUGGGAACCUUCUGCAAAGAAAGUGAGAUACCGAACAAAGCCAUACUGUUGCAGCCUCUGUAAAUACUCUACAAAAGUGCUUACUUCAUUCAAAAAUCAUUUGCAUCGAUACCAUGAAGAUGAAAUUGACCAGGAGCUGGUGAUUCCUUGCCCAAACUGUGUAUUUUCCUCUCAACCCAAAGUUGUGGGAAAGCACUUUAGAAUGUUCCAUGCACCUAUUCGGAAGGUCCAGAACUACACAGUGAAUAUUUUAGGUGAAACUAAGUCAUCGAGGAGUGAUGUUAUAAGUUUUACAUGUUUAAAAUGUAACUUCUCCAAUACUUUGUACUAUAGUAUGAAGAAGCAUGUGCUCGUAGCCCAUUUUCAUUACUUAAUUAACUCCUACUUUGGCCUGCGAACUGAGGAGAUGGCUGAGCAGCCAAAACCUGAAGAUUCCUGUUCCACCGAGAAGCAACCACCGUCUGACAAGUAUUACUGUAAAAAAUGUAAUGCCAGUGCCAGCAGCCAGGAUGCUUUGAUGUAUCAUAUUUUGACAUCAGAUAUACACAGGGAUUUGGAGAACAAGCUUAGGUCUGUGAUUUCAGAACAUAUUAAGAAGACUGGAAUUUUGAAGCAAAUGAACAUUGCUCCAAAACCAGCUGCACAUUCAGCCGUCUCUGCCAACAGCAGUGCCCCGGGCCUGCCGGCCACAUCUCCUUGCUUUCAUCUUGCGGUGCCACAGAAUACUCAAAACCAGACUGUGGUGCAACCCGUUCAGGGCUCAGUUCAGCCAGUGACUGUGGCCUCUGGUGCCUCUGGAAGCCUCACGCACUCUCCGCCUGCCAUUGCCCCGCCCCGGGUCACUCUGGUCUCCAAUCCUCUGCCAGUGGGCCAGAGCAGCCUCACUCUGCAGCCUUCUGCUCCUCAGCCAGUCUUUCUCUCUCAUGGAGUCCCACUGAAUCCAUCAGCAAAUCCGCCUGUGUUGCCCUUGAAUCAGCCAGUUGGCCCAGUAAAUAAGUCUGUUGGCCCUGGUGUCCUCCCCAUAAAUCAGACCAUUCGCCCAGGGAAUUUACCCCUCAACCAGCCUGUGGGUCCUGGAGUUCUCUCAGUAAACAGACCGGUUGGGUCUCGUGUCCUUCCUGUCAGCCCCUCCGUCACCCCUGGGGUUCUUCAGGCAGUCUCUCCAGGGGUGAUUUCAGUGAGCCGGACUGUCCCAUCUGGGGUCCUUCCUACAGGUCAGAUGACUCCUGCUGGGGUUAUCCCCUCAGGACAGACAGCAACUUCUGGGGUUCUCCCUGCUGGCCAGAUGGUUCAGUCAGGGGUUCUGCCCAUUGGCCAGACUGCCCCUUCAGGGGUUCUCCCCGGCGGGCUGACUGUCCCAACACGAGUACUCCCCCCUGGCCAGACAGUUCCACUGAGGGUCCUCCCCCCUGGCCAGGUGGUACCGUCUGGACUCCUUCCUCCCAACCAGGCAGUGUCGUCAGGUGUUCUUCCUGUGAACCAGGGUCUGACUUCUGGAGUUCUUCAGCUUAGUCAGCCUGUUGUAUCAGGAGUUCUUCCUGUGGGCCAGCCGGUGAGACCUGGAGUCCUGCAACUCAGUCAGUCUGUGAAUACCAACAUUCUGCCCGCAAAUCAGCCAGUGCGGCCUGGUGCUUCACAGAACACCACUUUCCUCACGUCAGGCUCUAUCCUCAGACAGCUGAUACCGACUGGGAAGCAGGUGAAUGGCAUUCCCACCUACACACUGGCCCCGGUGUCUGUCACACUGCCUGUGCCAGCUGGAGGUGUUGCGACUGUUGCUCCUCCCCAGAUGCCCAUCCAGCUCCUGCACUCUGGUGCAACUGCCCAGAUGGCCAGUCCAGUGGUGGGCAUGCCUUCUCCUCUGGUGGUGAAUGCCACCCAGAAUCUCUUCCCGCAGACCUCUUCCUCUGUGACAGAGGCAAAUCAGGUGCUCAAACAGGCAAAGCAAUGGAAAACGUGCCCUGUUUGCAAUGAACUCUUCCCUUCCAAUGUCUACCAGGUCCACAUGGAGGUGGCUCAUAAGCACAGUGAAUCCAAAUGUGCCGAGAAGCUGGAGCCUGAGAAGUUGGCAGCAUGCGCCCCCUUCCUGAAGUGGAUGAGAGAGAAGACUGUUCGCUGUCUGUCUUGUAAAUGCUUGGUGUCUGAGGAAGAGCUGAUCCAUCACCUGCUGAUGCACGGCCUGGGGUGCUUGUUCUGUCCCUGCACUUUCCAUGAUAUUAAAGGUCUUUCUGAGCAUAGUCGGACUAUGCACUUGGGGAAGAAGAAGUUGCCUGUGAAUUAUAGUAAUAAAGGGUUUCAGUUGGACAUCGAUGCCAAUGGCAACCUGCUGUUUCCCCAUCUCGACUUCAUCACCAUAUUGCCCAAGGAAGCUCUGGGGGACCGGGAAGUAUACUUGGCAGUGUUGGCUGGGAUCCACUCCAAGUCACUUGUGCCUGUGUAUAUUAAAGUAAGGCCCCAGGCUGAGGGUGCGUCUGGGGUCCCCAGCAAGCAAGCGCUGACCUGCCCAUUUUGUUUUGGCACCUUUGUGACCUCGGAGGCCUAUGAGCUACAUUUGAAGGAGAGGCACCAUAUCACCCCCACAGUCCACACAAUUUUGAAGUCUCCAGCUUUCAAGUGCAUCCACUGCUGUGGAGUCUACACUGGCAACAUGACCUUGGCCGCCAUUGCCAUACACCUGGUGCGCUGCAGGAGCGCCCCGAAGGAUAGCAGCUCAGACCUACAGAUUCAGCCCAGCUUCAUUGACAACAGUGAGCUGCUUUUAGUCAACGGUGAAGUGGUCCAGGACCCCAGCCUGUCCGCGAAGAGAAAGCUACCCGAUGGCCAGGCAUCUGGGGAGGAGCGACCUCUCUCCGUGAACACCGAGGCCUUUCCUGUGCUGGAGAAGCUGGGGGGUGCAGUGCCUUGUAAGAGGCAGAGGAACGAGAGCAGGACAGAGGGUUCCCUCGGCGGUGACGACCCUCUUCAGAUUCUAGCAUUAAACCCUAAGAAGUAUGAAGACCGUACUUACGAAGAUAAAAAGCAGUUUCUUAGAGAUUAUUUCCACAAGAGACCAUACCCAAGUAAAAAGGAAAUAGAACUACUAUCCUCACUCUUGUGGGUGUGGAAAAUCGACGUGGCUUCCUUUUUUGGAAAAAGAAGAUAUAUUUGCAUGAAAGCAAUAAAAAAUCAGAAGCCUUCUGUACUGUUGGGCUUUGAUAUGUCUGAACUGAAAAAUGUCAAACACAGAUUGAAAUUUGAGUAUGAACCGCAGAACUCAUGAAAAGAAAUUAGGAACUCUAAAGUCUAGAUAAUUUAGUUAUUUUCAAUUGAGAUUUUAAAAAUGUUAUUUUCUUCACUGUAUGUUGAACUAAUCAAUUUCAGUGGUCUUUAUGCUGCUCUUUAGAUUUAUUUCAGGUGCUCAGAAAGACUUCUGUAUGAGAAGUGACUAGUUCCUUCAAAUUUAUUGUUUUAUGCAGUUUGAUUUUGUAACAAUUUUUAGUUUUUUUUCUGUUGUGUAAAUUAAAUCUUUUGAUAUUUUAUGCACGCCUUGUUUUCCCAGUAGUGUCAGUAUUGUACGAUUAAAAAACUGAAACCUACUUUUUCUUUCAUUUUAAGGAAAUUUCAGCUUGUGUCAGAAUACUUGAGGAGUAAAGCAUUGAUCUCUCUCAGUUAGCUUCAUAUGUAGCAGCUGAUAACAUACAGUAAUGUUUAGAGAUGUGAGUACAAACUCCAUUAUGUAUCUGGUCCCUUAAGGGCGCACUCAUUAACUUAUGCUGAUACGAGAUAUUUGCUUAUUAGUUUAUAAUUUUCCUUUCCCCCCUGGUUAUUAUUGAUUAUAACUCAGAAAGCCAGGUGUUUCGUUUGUUAAAAAUAAUCUGAACCUGAAACUUCAUAAAUCAAGUUAUUUUGCAAAUAAAAGUAUUUCCAUAGCUGCAAAAAUAACAUUUCAGCAUACAUGCUCCCCACUUUUUGAUAUGGUCAUUUAUUCAUUCAAAGGAAGGAAAUUACAUCUUUUAGUGCCUUCAGAAUAAACACUGAAAAGACACAAAAUCUCCUAACCUAACUGCUCAUAAACUAGGUGAAAGAAAAGGACCAUAUUACUCAGGAACAAAAUUUUAUCCCUGAGUCUAGAUGCUAACUGAAGUUUGAACCUAAGUUUGCAGGGGACAGGGUGAAGAAAAGAGACCCAGAGCAAAGUCUCCACAUUUGUGUUAAAUCUUUGGCAAAGUUUCCUACACAUAAUGUGUUUUUUUUUGAGGAGAUGAGAAUUUGUAUAGCCCAGUUUUCAGCAUUAAGUGGACAGGACGUUGCAAAAACCUCUGCCAUAUCCCUGUCCCUUGGUUAGUUAAAGCUUGUUUUUUCCACACAAUAUAAAAGGACUUAAAGAUCUGAAUCUGUUAGGGACCUUCCAGUAUAGACCAUUAGUCCUGGAGUUGUGGUACAAGCAGAGGCACCUGUCUUGACACACCAAAUGAUGUGACAGGCUCUGGGAAAUGGAAUGUUACUGUCAGAGUUUUAAAAAGAUCCUAUUUGCAUGUCAUUGCUCUCCUGUGCAUUUUCGAAGCAGUUGUGAAACUGUUCAGUGAUGUUGGUGUACUCUGUUGUAAAAAAAGAGCUUGUUGAAGUUUUAUUUUUUUUUUACCUAUUGUUUUCAGAGUGUCUAUUUUGAAUUAAAUUUGUUAUAACACUGCAAAUAGGAUUGUUUAAUUAUUUCAACAGUUAAAUGUUAGAAUGAGUCAUAGGGUUGAAAUAGAUG